AUGUUGAUCGACUUUGACUGUUCGGUGAGGUUGAGAGAAAAUGUCGUUGAGGUCGAUGAACGGUACUUCAUAGGCACCCUGAAGUUCAUGGCAAUUGAGAGAUUAUAUUUGCAUGGAGAAACAAAGUCUUUUAUCCGACGAACUUAUUGCCAUGAUCUAGAAUCCUUUUUCUAUUUGUUCACUGUAGGAUCCAUAGAAUAUGAACUCGUCACAGACGGGAAGCCUCAUAAUCUGGAUGAUUGGUGUGUGAAUAUAUUUAAGAGCUGCUACUCAAAUAAACGUAUUCAUAUGUAUGAAUUCACUAAGAUCCUCAAAAAGUUCACGCCCAGUUUCAAAGAACUUAAGAAGUUAGCUAAGAAUUUACGAAUGAUUCUAUUUGAAGCGGAUGGAGGCUAUAAAACAGCCCCUAAAGAUCGUAGAUCACUGUACAGGAGAAUGAUUGAAGCAUUUGAUGACACAAUUGAGGACCUAAGAGGUAAGACAUAUUUAUCAACGCAUGAUAGCAUUCUUCUUUUUAGCUCGAGCUUUGCUGACAAACUAUUUACUUUAAGCUGGAAGGAUCAAGAAUCCAACUUUUAUUGCACGUUGAUAAUAGAUUACUGUGUAGGCCAUUGCCGUUAUGGCUUUGUAUAUCUGACCCUCGGGGCCUCUAAUACUAUUGUUCCUUUCAGGUAUUGUGUUGUGAUCCUACAUACGCACGGACCAAAUUUAAAUUAUAUAAAUUAUGUAUAUAUGUUGAAAUUAUGGAGUACAGUGAUAAGUCAGGUGAUGGUUAAUGGAAGUAAUUGA